UGGAGUCUGGGGCCUACGAACCCCUGCGGAGGGGGCGUCGGCUACUGCGCAGGCGCCGCAGGAAGCGAACUGUAGAGUCGCUCUCCCACGGGUACCCCCUUGCCCGCAAGGACCCCGGAACUCGCGGUUCCGCUAGCGCCAAGUUCCGCGCGUCGGAGCGAAGCGGCAGCGGCGGCGGGAGCCCUGACUGCUGUAUUCAGCAUCUUCAUUAUGAAGUUGUUAGUGAUACUUUUGUUUCCGGGACUCAUCACUAGUUGUGGAGGUGACUCUUCCUAUGGUUUGCCGCCCAAGUUACUACUGGUGUCUUUUGAUGGCUUUAGAGCUGACUAUCUGAAGAAUUAUGACUUUCCUCAUCUCCAGAAUUUUAUCAAAGAAGGUGUCUUGGUGGAGCACAUUAAAAAUGUUUUUAUCACAAAAACAUUUCCAAACCACUAUAGCAUUGUGACAGGCUUAUAUGAGGAAAGCCAUGGCAUUGUGGCCAAUUCCAUGUAUGAUGAAGCCACUAAGAAACAUUUUUCUGAAUCUAAUGAUAAGGAUCCUUUUUGGUGGAAUGGGGCAGUGCCAAUUUGGGUGACUAAUGAACUUCAGGAAAACAGGUCAAGUGCUGCCGCUAUGUGGCCCGGUACUGACGUGUCCAUUCACAAUACCACGCCUUCCUAUUUUAUGAAUUAUAGCCACUCAGUGUCAUUUGAGGAGCGACUCAGUAAUAUUACCGCAUGGCUCAGCAAGUCCAACCCACCAGUCACCUUUGCAACACUCUAUUGGGAAGAACCAGAUGCAAGUGGCCACAAGUAUGGACCCGAAGAUAAAGAAAACAUGAGCAGGGUGUUGAAAGAAAUAGAUGACCUUAUUGGUGACCUAGUCCAAAAACUCAAGAUGUUGGGACUCUGGGAAAAUCUUAAUGUGAUCAUUACAAGUGAUCAUGGAAUGACUCAGUGUUCUGAGAAGCGACUGAUAAAGUUGGAUCCCUGCAUCGACCAUUCAAACUACAGUGUCAUAGAUUUAAGCCCCGUUGCUGCGAUUCUUCCUAAAAUAAAUGUAACAGAGGCUUAUGACAGACUGAAAAACUGCAGCCCUCACAUGCAUGUUUAUCUCAAAGAAGAUAUUCCUAACAGAUUUUAUUACCAACAUAAUAAUCGAAUUCAGCCUAUUAUUUUGGUUGCUGAAGAAGGCUGGACGAUUGUACUAAAUGCAUCAUCAUCAAAAUUAGGUGACCAUGGUUAUGACAAUUCCUUGCCUAGUAUGCAUCCAUUUCUGGCUGCCCACGGUCCUGCGUUUCACAAAGGCUACAAGCAUAGCACCAUUAGCAUUGUGGAUAUUUACCCAAUGAUGUGCCACAUCCUGGGAUUAAAACCACAUCCCAAUAAUGGAACCUUUGGCCAUACCAAGUGCUUGUUAGUGGACCAGUGGUGCCUUAAACUCCCAGAAGCCAUUGGAAUUGUUGUUGGUUCGCUACUGGCAUUAACCAUUCUAACGGGUCUUAUAAUAAUUAUGCAGAACAGACUGUCUACAACCCGUCCAUUUUCCAGACUUCAGCUUCAGGACGAUGAUGAUGAUCCUUUAAUAGGGUAAUGUCCUGGGGUUUAUUCACAUAUCCUGAUUACUUUCAAAACUAAGGAUCCACACACAGAAUGGUGUUACAAGAAUAAUAUAGACUAUUUCAAAAGACAACUUAAACCAAACAUGCUAAAAUUCUUUGGUUUUUCUUUGUGUUUUGUUUUGGUGUGUUACCUUAUACAAAUAACCCAGACAGUAGUAGAAUUGCUGAUAAAUCAGUUAAAAUCAUAUAUUUCACUAGCUAGAAAUAGCUUUUGAGAAAAAUACUUCAUCUGUCCUUUUUUUUUUUUGCAGUGAAGAUACAUCUUAUAAAUGAAAACUCACCAGAAUUUAAUAGGCAUGCAUUUCUUAAAAAAUUAUAUAUUUGUAAAUGACACAAAAGAAAUAUUUAUCUAAUUUGUGAAUUUUGUGUAUCUCAGAGAAAGUUGACUAUAUUUUUAUAUUUACCUUUAAUUAGUUUGGAUUCCAAGUAAACCCUUGAUGUAGAAAUUCUCUGAUGGUUGAUAGAAUUGAUUGACCACAUAGCAGAACUGUGGCAUAUAAAGAAAUCGUCUUAAGCAAAGCUGCUAUAAACAAAACAAAACCAACUAAGACUAUGUGAUGCAAAGCCCGAAUUUGUUGAGACCUUUAAGCUGUUGAAGAAUCAAGUUUUAUCUUUUAAGUUGGGCAUGUUGGGGCACACCUGCAAUCCUGGUCUUUUGAAGGAUGGACAAGAUCUGGAAUUUGAGACCAGCCUGGGCUAUGUAGCAAGACCUUGUUCAGGAAGGAAAAAAGAAAAAAAAGAAAACUUCAGAGAUUAUUGCUAAUAAGAAAUUCAGAAGAAAAUAGAGAAAAGUGUUUCGUUCCUAUUUGUGUAAGGUGUAUGUGGGAGUGUGUGUCUGCCUGUGGAAGUGUGCAGGUAUUACUUGAGUUAGAGAGGAGGAAGUCAGGUAUGUGACUUAGAGAGGAUGCUGUCGGGACUGGACUGUGGCUGAGCUUCCAUUCUCCCCAUGACACAGAUGUCAGGAAAAGUGCAGCUUGCAGGAAAGGUGAUGUUUUAUACUUCUUAUUUUUUCCUUUCUCCGAAUCACUUGUUAAUAUUAUAAUGAAAAACUCAUUUAUUUCUGUUACAAUUUCAACUCUCAAAUUUAUUGGAAGUACUAAAAUGUAGAAAAAUUUAUGACCUGAAUAUAAACCUGACUUGGCCAGAAUUUUUAUAUUUGCCUUUGGAACUUUUUAAUUACUCUUUAGAUGGUAGAGUAUUAAGAAAUUUAAAAUGGAAUUUAGUAUAUUUUAGUCUUUGUACUAGUCAUAUGCUAAAUGGCAGAAUAGCUUAAGCCUCCCAACUGUUUUAUUGAGUAUUUGGAUCAUGAAAUUGUUACCCUGCCCAUCUUUUAACAUACUUGUUCAGAACCAAAGAGUUGUUGUGAAAGGCUGCCAUGAUACCUGUGCUAGGUCGUUCCUCAUAAUCAAAAUCAUAAUGGACAAAGAGUGUGGCAGCCUGGUUGAUAUCCAUUAGGGAAAAGACCUGAGACAGUAGUGUGAAAGUUUUGACAAUAUAAAAAACUUGGGUCCUGCUCUUCAGAUACAUGUCUGAUCUACAGUAAGCAUGUAGCUUACUUAUCUGUGCUUAUGUUGUUUAUCUGUGAUGGCAAACAACACCUUGUCAGUCAUGAACAGAGUGCAUUUGCACUGAGUAACUGCUAAUUUCCUAACGUUUGGUAUUUGGUGCCUAUUGCUGGGUUUUGAGAGGCAUUCCUGUACCGCAUUCAUAAUCUCUGCUAUUCAUUAUAAACUGGCUAUUUUUUUUUUGUUUUUUUUUUUGGUCUUUCUGAGACAGGGUCUCCCUUUAGCCCCAGCUGUCCUGGAACCCACUAUGUAGACUAGGCUGGCCUUGAACUCCCAGAGAUCUGCCUGCCUCUGCCUACUGAGUGCUGAGAUUAAAGGCAUGCACCACCACGCCUGGCUCAUAAACUGGCUAUUUUAAGAGCAGAACAGGACUGAUUUUGUUUGGUCAUAAAUUUUGUGAUUUUUUUUUGGGGGGGUCACACAGAAUAGUCACACUGAACAUUGAAUAAAUAAAAUAAUAGGAAAUUCCUGUCUACUUCAGCUUCCAUUUAAAAAAUAUCAAAAGAACUGAGAGCUUGGUUUUCACAGUGGCUGGCAUUCACUAGGCUGGGGUUAAGCAUGGUAUCCGGCCCAUGACCAGAUUUCAUAAAGGAUGGGAUAGGAAGAGGUGCCCUGUCAGUUUCUUAGCCCUUUCAACAUGUUUUUACCCACUUAUUUUGUCUUUUACUCCAUUUUCAAAUUACUAAAAUUAGGUAAUUUAUUUUUAAAGUCUCUGUUCAUGAGACAAGAACAGUGUUUAUUUAAUCAAGAGAAGUUUUUUUUAUAAUUAUAUUAAACUUUGUGUUAAUUCAUUUAUAGCUU